CCUUAGGUGACCGAUGCGUGCCUGUGGCUCUUCCGAUUUGGUGUCCUUGGUAUGAACGCCAAUCCUUCCUUUAGGUGUCCGUGGCGUGCCUGCUGGUCUCCCUGUUGCUGUACGAGCUGGUUCUCUUUCUUUAGGGCCCUGUCACCGUAUCGUAUCUGACAUAGUGUGAACGUCCCCGUCUUCCCCUCUUUCUCCAGUCGAUAGGCAGCAGACCACCGGGCCGGCAGGAUGCUGGAAGAGGCAGGCGAGGUGUUUGAUAACAUGCUGAAGGCUUCGCUACCCCUCACGUUGAUCGUUUUUCUGCCGGCAAUGCUGCUCCUUGUGUCCCCCCUGCAGGCCGAUGCGGCCCACGAGUUCACGGUGUACCGCAUGCAGCAGUAUGACCUGCAGGGCCAGAGCUACGGUCAGUAGGCACCUACCGUGACACCUACCGGUGCAGUGUGACAGGCAGGGCAGUGCCGCCAGCUAUGUUCUCCUUGGAAUAUCAUAGCUAUGGAGCAUAGAUAAAGAAAUUAUAAUUAGAAAAUGUAAUGUGUUACUCAAAAUUCUAAAUUCUAGUGUGAUCAAUGGCAGAGUUGAGUCUUCUUGCAUGAGUGCAGGUGGAUCUGUCCGCCAUCCGUGCACCUGUGACUGUAAGCUAACCUUUUAAGGCUGCAUAGUGGCAAGCCCAUUGAUUACUGAGGGUAAAGUUACAGAAUGCUUACUCUAAACUAUGAAGGAUUUCCUGAUUUUGUAGACCGAUUUGAGAACCUUCCUGUAUGAAUGAACGAGGUUUUGUGAUUCAUUCACCUAUGAAUGAUCUAGCCUUUCAUGUAUUCCCUGGCUAUUGUUCCUUGAGGACUAGUUGCAGUAUGAGAUACGUGGUUUCUGAAAUACUCAUAUUGAAUGUAUUGGAAUUUCACACAAAAGGUGGCAUACGAUGAAGUAGGUACUGGUUUGACUUCUAGGCCAAGCCAUAGUUGAAAAAAGUUGGAGCUUACACAAUCAACUUCUGUCAGUUCCCAGAAGCCUAAGCUAGCUAUGGUUGUGAGAAUUUUUUGUGUGUGUGUGUGUGUGUGUGUGUGUGUGCCUAUUAUGCAAAUAGUUCUAUAGGAGGAUAACACAGUCUUGUUGCAUAGGCCAUAGACUUCAGUAUUGUACUCUUCUGUACAUAGAAGAGUACAAAAAUGAUGAGAACGUGUGGCAGAUUAACCCCUUAAGGACACAUGACAUGUGUGACAUGUCAUGAUUCCCUUUUAUUCCAGAAGUUUGGUCCUUAAGGGGUUAAGCACCAGGAGCCUAAAAUGCAGCAGUACUUCAGGCAAUUACCAUCUCCCAUUCACUUCUCAGAUAGUCCAUAUUAAACAGGCGUGUCACUUUGAGAGGUCUAGCAAAAUAUGCAAAGACUCCGAAAGUGACACAGCAGCUUUAGGGUCAAAUCCUCAUGGGUUAGUAUUUACAUUUGUUUACCUUGUGAUGAUGGGUGAGUUUCUUUGCUUUACAGGAACCCGUAAUGCUGUAUUGAACACAGAGGCUCGCACAGCAGAGGCGGAUGUGCUGAGUCGACGUUGUGUGCUCAUGCGCUUGGCAGAUUUCUCCUUUGAGCAGUACCAGAAAGCUCUACGGCAGUCAGCGGGGGCUGUAGUGAUUAUUCUGCCCCACGAUAUGGCAGCUCUUCCGCAAGAAAUAGUGCAGGUAAAAAGAUACCAGCCAUUUCUGCACUUGGACCUAAUUUUAGGACCACUUUACAUGCCAUGCUGUAGAAUUUAUAAACUCAAACUCACCCCUCCCCUGUGUGUGUGUGUAAUAUAUAUAAUUUUAAAUUAUUAUAAAAAUGUGUAAUUUAUCUGAAGUGCACUGUUUGCAACAUUGCAGCAAUUCAUGGACAUUGAGCCGGAGAUGCUGUCCAUGGAGACUCAGGUACCUGUGUACUUUGCUGUUGAAGACGCAGAGCUGAAUUCUAUUUAUGAGCAAACGCUGUCGGCCUCUGCAAACCAGGGAACAUCAUCUGCAGCAGAAGGUGAGAAAUGCAAUGAAGCAUCUGUGAGGGUAUUAGACUAUUAGAGGGAAUAUUGUUGUGCAGUACACUGGUUUGGUAAGAGCAUCAAUGACACUUAUUUAUAUCCCCUAUAGUACUCCUCCACACAGCCACUGCUAAUGGUUUCCAGAUGGUGACAAGUGGAGCUCAGAGUAAAGCAGUCAAUGACUGGCUUAUAACCAGUGUUGAGGUAAGUCACUGUUUGAGGUAUAAAAGUCUUGGCUACCUAUAUGCAUCAUAAUUUAAGGGUAUAUCCUUUCAGGCCUGGCAUCCUGCACAUCUUUUGCAAAUGCAUGAUGUUGUUGACAUAGUGUUGUUUUUGUUUUAUCUAUGACAGGUGCACUUUAAAGGGACACCAUAGUCACCAGAACAACUACAGCUUAAUGUAAAAGGCAGUGUUAACAUUUCUUCCUAGGAACACCUCUAGUGGCCGCCACUCAGAUGGUCACUAGAGGUGCUUUCUGGGUCAGUGCUGCAAAAUGUGCAGCACUGAUGUUCAGCAUCUCCACGCUCUGCAUGGAGACGCUGAACAUUCCCCAUAGGGAUGCUUUGAUUUAAUGCAAGUCUAUGAGGAGAUUCUGAUUGGCUCAGCACAGUGUUUUGCCGUGCAAUUGCCUCCCAAUACUUUCCUAUGGGAUAGCAUUUGAUUGGCUGAGAUCAUAGUCUGAUGAUUUUAGCCAAGGAGCCAGAACAGGGCGGAACCAGCCACAAAGGAUUCUUUCAGCGCUGGAAAAAAGGUGAGUUUAACACCUUUUUAACUGAGGAUGAGAGGGGCCAGGGUCCUUAACGGCAGUUUCAAAACUAUAGUGUCAGGAAUAGAGUUUGUAUUCCUGAUACUAGAGUGUUCCUUUUAAGAUAAAAUAAUCCAUGAAUGCCACUGGAUUUUAUUUUCUCUUUUGUAUUGCAAGCCAAGCUGUACUUUUCUCUGUUUUUUAAUUUUUUGUUUAUUUUUAGGGACGCCUCGCAGGUCUUGGUGCAGAAGACCUUCCUACUAUUGCUAUUGUUGCUCAUUAUGACUCUUUUGGCGUUGCUCCAGUAAGUUUGAUUUGGCAAUAUGAGAUAUUGCAGCACACAAUUAUAUGCUUUUUCCUCACUGUUUUCUUUUUUAAAUGCUUGUUCUGCUCGGUCUUCAAUAACCUGUUGCUCUAUUUUGUUGUUGUUGUUUUAUUUUUUUAUUUUUAUAUUCAGAUUUUUUUUUCUUCUUGCUAAUAUGAUUAAAAAAAUCUUCUGUAUAAUAAUAAAUUUGCUAUACGUGAACUCAAAUAAUCUGUAACAUAUAAUGCAGGGGUUCAUAUCAGAGUACACAUAAGGGGUAAUCUUUGUUAUACAAAUGAGUUACAGAAUGGGCAUGGAAAUUACAUUCUAUAAAGUCUGAAUUACCCAUAUUAACCUAUUGCUAUCUCCACAUCUGUGUGUUUUGCAUUACGCUACAAGAAUAUUAAAGGACAACUGUUUAACCAGCCCAGCGGGAGGGUGGCCCAGAGGGCGGGGAAGACCUAAUGACUCUAUAAUGCCAGGAAAACAAGUUUUGUUUUUCUGGCACUAUAGUGGUCCUUUAAUUAUAAUCUUUUUAAAUUAUGUAUUUUUGAAUUAUUUUUUUUUAUUUUUUUUUAUUAUUUUUUUGCGAAAAUUCCACUUUUCUUUUAAAUAUGGCUGAGAAGCCAGUUUGGUCACACAGUUACCGGACUACUGUUCAUACUAAUUUGACUGCUGCUGCGAUUGCUCUGUGUAAAACUGCAACAACAGGCAUGUUAGCAGCAGUUGGUCUGAUAAAUGUAGUGUCUGACCAACAUGGUUUCUCAGCCAGAUAGAAAAGUGACAUUUUCUCAACAACAAAAAAAAUGUAUAUAAUUUAAAAAUAUAUUAAGUUUAAUUAAACAUAAUAAAUUACACAUAGAUUAAUCAAAGAAAAUGUAAUGAGCUAGCUAAGAUUGCAAUGGUUGAUUUCUGAUGUAGAAUGAGGCUUCAUGUUUUUUCCCAGUGGCUGUCGUAUGGGGCAGAUUCUAAUGGCAGUGGAGUGGCUGUACUUCUAGAGCUGGCACGCCUUUUUUCUCGGCUGUAUACCUACAAGCGUACACAUGCCAGGUAACCUUAAUGCACCUACACUCCUCACCCUCAUUUUAUAAUUCAGAACAACAUGUUCAUGCUUGAAUUAACUCCUACUGGUGGAAUACAUUACAAAAAAAAAAAGGAAAAUACAAUUUAAUUUACUGUUGCAGUGACAUGAUCACAUAUCAUCUACUUGAACAAAUGUAAAUAUUGAUGUAUUUAUUUCUGUUCGCACAGAUUAAGAAACUAAAAUGUAUAGUAGGCGUGAGUUUGUCCCAACUAUUUAUAUAGAGCACAAACCGUGACUUGACACACUUGUUAUUUAGCUCUGAAUUUAACUUUUAUUGGACUGGAUGUAUAACAAUGAAAUCUCUUACUGCCUUUCCCGCUGCACAGUUACAAUCUACUGUUCUUUGCAUCAGGAGGAGGGAAGUUUAAUUAUCAAGGCACCAAGAGGUGGUUAGAGGAUCAUCUGGAUCACACAGGUAAAAUGGACCAAGUUUGUUUUUAUGAAAGAGGGUUUCUACUUUAACAAAUAAGUGAAAAUGUGUUAUUGAUAAUUCACAGGUUGCAUUUAAGAGGUUGUGAAUGAUUGUGUCUGAAAUAAGUAAUGAUGGGUGGGGAAUAGAGGCUUUAGAGUAAGAGGUUGGAGUGAUGUCAAUGUCAAGCAAAAACAGUAUAGUUCGGGGAACUGGUUCAGAAAGGGAUGAGAUCAGGAGCUAUCCAUGACAAAACGUCAUGUAAAGUUGUGGCAAAGAAUAUUGUUGUAACAAGAAGUUAAUAAAAAUGAAAUCAAGGUAUAAUAAUAUGUUGUAAAAAAGCCCAAUGAGAAGUACAUAUGACCCUUACAUGAAUUCUUAUACUUUAAGAUUCUAGUCUCCUGCAAGACAAUGUGGCAUUUGUGCUGUGUCUGGACACCCUAGGAAGUGGAGACAGUCUACAUCUUCAUGUAUCUAAACCACCAAGGGAGGGUACCUUGCAGCAUACUUUCCUCAAGGAGCUGGAGAUGGUAAAACAAGAGCAAUGGCAUAUCACUAAAUGAUAGUUUUGACCCAUAGAUAAAAAUUUGCCAAUCCAUAGAAAAAUUAGAUGAAAUAUAAAAAAAAAAAAAAAAUUCCUUAAAUGGCUGCAUUGCAUUCUACGUCUAUAUUUUAUCAUUAUUAAAUGUAUUAUGUUUACUGUUGAAUAUAUUUGGUGUAUCCAUAAGGCUACUUUUGCUACUCAAUUAUUCUACAUGACUAGCACAGAAGGAAAUGCAUUUUAAUACGUUUUGCUUGUGUGAUACAUAGAUCAAUGUUCAUCUCAAUGCUAAGCAUACUUGGUAGUUUAUAUACCAUCAGGGGGCCUUAGGGGUGUGCGAGCUGUGCGGCAGCACAGGGCACCAUGGAGCAGGGGGCACCAUGCAGCAGGUCACAGGAGUGCAAUGGGAUCUGAAUCAUGUACCCGGGUGAAGGAUUAAUUAUUCUCCACCCGGGACUAUGAAAGAAAAUUGGACAGCAGCGCAGACAGGGCUUACCGGUCGCAACAUGUGUAUGUGACUGACUGCCUUUAACGAGUGUGUCUGUCUGCCUAUAACUGUGUGUGUGACUGCCUGUAACGGUGUGUGUGUGACUGCCUGUAACUGUGUGUGUGUGUCUGCCUGUAACUGUGUGUGUGUGUGCCUGUAACUGUGUGUGUGUGUGUGACUGCCUGUAACCGUGUGUGUGUGUGUGUAACUGCCUGUAACUGUGUGUGUGUGUGUGUAACUGUGUGUGUGUGUGUGACUGCCUGUAACUGUGUGUGUGUGUGUGACUGCCUGUAACUGUGUGUGUGUGUGUGUGUGACUGCCUGUAACUGUGUGUGUGUGUGUGACCGUCUGCCUGUAACUGUGUGUGUGACUGUCUGCCUGUAACUGUGUGUGUGUGUGUGUGACUGUCUGCCUGUAACUGAGCAUGUUUGCCUGCCUGUAACUGUGUGACUUUCUGGCACUAAUGACCCAAGGCCAGCCCCUUAUUGCGUAGUCUCUCCCAAGUGUUUUACCCUGUCAUUGUUGCCCAAAAUUGUGCAGACAAACCUUUCAAACGAAAAUGUAAUCUUGCUGUACUCAAGGGGCCAACUCGAAAUUGAGGAGUUCGAUGAAUUUAAUAAAUUUUAGGUGGAGUACAGCCACAGAUUAUUUGUUACCUUGUGUGACAGAUCCAUCUGUAUAGACUGAAAUUGCUGGAUUCGUCUGUUUUGCCUUUUCAUGAAAUUACCCGUUCGUAUGCCCCUGUUCCGUGAAUUGACUUUAACGCCGAACAAAACUACCGAACGGACGGCCACCCAGAAGAGAAGUGUGCUGCUGGUUAACCUAUUGAUCCCAAUUAGAACGUUGCGGUUAACCACAGACACUUCUCAAUUAAAACCGAAUACAGGGUGGUCGUCGUUCAUAUGUCGACCACGAGGCGGCGGCCAUUUUAAACCAUGCGAAAGACCAGCGGUGUUCGGCAUUGAUUUCAUGGAACUGAAAACUGACACUUUUUCCGCUGAAGCCGACCUCCCUUCUCAAUCGACAAAAGUGUGCGAACACCGGCGUUCGGGAGGUUUAAAUGCACGAAUGGACUUACCCCAGGUAGCCUUCCCAUGGAGUCGCAUGCCGAAAGAUUGUAAUAGACUUUGACUCCAUGGCGAUUGAACUAUGCUUAUGGGAUCUGAGCGUUAUUCGCCAAUAAUAUGCACUCAGAUACAGGCUAUCUGGGGAUAUGUGAUACGAAUGGGUAACAUUCAACAAAUGUAAAGUUAUAUAUUUUUAUGUGAUUUUCUGUGUUGAAUUUAAAAUGGCGAUUUGCCUCUGUCCUGGAGAUAAUUGAAUUACUUCUCAAUUAUCUCCAGGGAAGAGGGGAGGAAAUACUAAUGCAUGCUGGGAAUAUUCUGUGUCUGUGGGUCCUAACCUGCCAUGUGUCUGUCUAUUGUUACAGUCUCCCAUUUGGUCCCUUAGGAGAGUGUCCACCAAGUGGGAGACCUGCAUAAAUGUGGGCAGGUAGCCCACAGUAAAGCCAGUUCUUGUUUUACCCUUAAUGCGGAGCUUGGUCUCGUUAUUGGGGGGAUUUAUUACCGACGACUAGAAACCACUGGAUGGGAUUAUUAGCUGCUUGGGAGAUACCUGCGUUCGGCUACAUUUGGCGAUUCGUGAGUUUGGAGCUCGUGUAGUGAAGUGCACGUACGGAUUCCAUUUGUGAGUUUGCAGCGUUCCCUUGCUUGCGGUUCGCAUGAUUAUACUGGAUACGCAUGCAGCCUAUGUUAUUGCGAAAGGGGAGCAUUCACUAAACGGCGGUUUGUACAUUUCAUGCUUAGGGUACCGUAACAACUGGUGGCAAGCGACGGGAUGACUUAUCGCCCAGAGAGACCACUACAGCCAGGAUUAAAUGGAAAUACCGUACGAAAGGCUGAAAAGGAUUUAUUGGAGCAGAGAGGCAGACAAGCCAAUAAUCUCAGGAAGAGAGAGAUUAUUACAAUAUUGAACGAAAUGGAUGGAGUACCAGGAGCUGAAGGAACCAAUAUGCCCAGUGCAGCUGACAGAACCCCCGAGGAGACAAGCUUUGACCGGGCGGUAAGGAUCAGGCUGGCCCAUUAUGGUCCCAACCCGACUACAGAGACCAUUGACCGUGUCAUAGCCGCUGUGGAGGCCAACCUGCUACGCCAAAGCGGUGCUGCAGCAGCCCCAGUACCAGCAAACCCGGUGGAGAAAAGAAAGGUACCAUUUACAGCAUUUAAAUCCUUUGUGGAGACAGAAGGAGAGAUUGAUGGGUACCUUGCUGAUUUUGAGCCAGUGACGCUUUUCGGGCCAUUCCAGAUGAGGAGAUUGGAUAUUAUGCAGCAGUGAAGGAAGCUUUGCUCUCCAGGUAUGCCGUUACACCGGAGGCAUACAGGAGGCGAUUCAGAGACACUGCCAAAGCAGCUGGAGAUUCGUAUGUGGAAUGGGCAUGCAGAGUACACCGCACAGCUGCCCACUGGAUGGCAGCAGGGUGCCAAGCCGUAUCCGGGGAAGAAGUGCUGCAGGUGUUCUUACUGGAGCACUGUUUUGAGAAGUUAUCCCCAGGCGUCAGAGAGUGGGUAAGGGACCGUAAACCCUCCACUCUACAUGAAGCAGCUUGCCUGGCAGACGAGUAUACGGAUGCCCGUAAACUGGACAGUGCCAUGGGUAAGACUCCUGCCAGAGUGGAGUAUCGCCAAGCAGCACCCGCCCCAGCUACCGUAUACCAACCACCGACGCAUCGACCAUCCGCACCCCCUCCUGGUAAUUAUCACCAGCCACCCCGGUUCAACUCCCAGGACUACUCCCAACCUAUCCGUUGCUUUGGGUGCAAGCAGUUUGGGCACAAACUACCAGUGUGCCCGCUGAAUAAUGCCAACCGGGACCAGUCCUGGAGGAGACCGACCAACGGCCCACUCAGCCUGCUGCCCACUGCGUAGAGGAGGAGGAAUGUUGGGGCGUCCUACAUGAGGCAGACCCUGUUCAAGCUGCCCACCGAGAUAACUGCAAACAGCACCGGCAGCUGGUAAAAGUAAACGGGAAGGAAGUCAGUGGUCUGCUCCCAUGGGUCCCGCUGAAGUGGACGCUGCCACGACCCGUGCCGCCAAGACCGGCCCACCUGCUGAUGAGACCCAGGUGAGACUCUCUACCCCGACUUGUACCUUAGACCAGGCCCCUUUAGGUUGGGAUACCCCAGAGAUGUACGGGAAGGAAACCCGGGAGGACCCAACCCUAGAAAAGUAUAGAGCCAGGGCAGAUACUGGGGGUGAGGGGGUUGAUGGGGAGCGUUACGAGUGGUUGGGGGAUAGGCUAUAUAGGAUCCCUAAACCUUCCCAGAGACAGAGUACCCCUCCGCAGAAUCGGCAGCUGGUGGUGCCUGCGAAAUACCGGCAGGAGGUUCUGCGGAUUGGGCAUGAUGUGCCAUUAGCGGGCCAUCUAGGCUCCCGCCGCACAGCUCAUAGAAUAACCCAAAAUUUCUUCUGGCCUAAUUUCAACCGAGAUGUGCGGGUAUAUUGUAGCACGUGUGACACAUGUCAACGGGUAGGUAAACGGAGGAUCACCUAAAGGCUAGGCUCAUAUCGAUGCCAAUCAUUGGAGAACCCUUUUCCCGCAUAGCCGUUGACAUUGUGGGUCCACUAGCCAGGGCUAGCCCAUCCGGUAAGAAGUAUAUUCUCACCGUGGUGGAAUAUGCCACACGUUACCCAGAGGCAGUAGCGCUGUCCAAUAUAGAGGCAGAGACGGUUGCUGAUGCCCUGGUUAAAAUUUUCACUAGGGUCGGGUUCCCUCAGGAGAUCCUCUCCGACCAGGGAACUCAGUUUACCGCUGUGCUCACCCAGCAGCUGUGGAAGGUGUGCGGCAUUAAACCGCUGCUUAGCUCACCUUACCACCCACAGACUAACGGUCUCUGCAAGCGAUUUAAUGGCACCCUCAAACAGAUGUUGAGGACCUUUACUGACACUUGCAGAGACUGGGAGCGAUUCCUGCCUCAUCUGCUAUUUGCAUACAGAGAGGUGCCCCAGGAAUCUACUGGGUUCUCUCCCUUUGAGCUACUCUAUGGGAGAAGGGUCCGCGGACCCCUAGAUCUCAUUAGAGGACACUGGGAGGGAGAGACAGAGCAAGAGGAAACCCCCAUAGUGCCAUACGUUCUGGAACGCCGGGACCGCAUGGAGAAACUAUCCCUGAUGGUAAAGGAGAAUCUCCAGGCGGCCCAGGGGAGACAGAAGAGGUGGUACGAUCGGGGUGCCCGACAGCAGGUCUUUCAGGUUGGGCAAAAGGUUCUAGUGCUCAAGCCUGUGAAGACGAACAAGAUGCAAGCAUCUUGGCAGGGCCCGUAUAAAGUGUUAGCUCAGGUGUGUGAUACUACUUAUCUUAUAAGCCAGCUGUACAGAUGAAAGGAUUCAGCGAUCCUUUCAUGUGAACAUGCUGAAGGAGUAUCAGGAGAGACCAGAGGAUGUCGCUACAGUAUGUGCCCCGGCUGCCGACGACCCCGAGAAUUUACCCUUGCCCAACUUAUUAGAGAAGGACCCCCAGACUGACCUCACUAGUCUUGUACAGCUACGGGACAGGUUAAGCCCCACAGAGAAGGUACAAGCAAGACAGCUUCUGUGGGAGAAGCAGGCGAUGUUCUCCCAAGAACCCGGCUACACUACCCUAGCUGUACACAAGGUCGAGACCCCCGGAAAGAGUCCCCUAUGACAGCCCCCCUAUCGUAUCCCUGAAGCAGUCCGGGAAGGAGAUACAGGAGAUGACCAAGCUUGGCGUCAUCGAGCACUCAGACAGCCCUUGGGCCUCGCCUGUAGUCCUGGUGCCUAAGAAAGAUGGGACCACCCGGUUCUGUGUGGACUACAGGCAGCUCAACGAGCGGACCACCACUGACACGUACCUGAUGCCCCUACCUGGAUGACAUUGCGGUCUACAGUGAGUCCUGGGAAGAACACCUGGUACACGUAGGGGUGGUUCUGGACAAGAUUCGGGCCGCUGGCCUGACCUUGAAGCCAGACAAGUGCCAUCUAGGCAUGGCAGAAGUACAGUACUUGGGUCACAGGGUAGGAUGUGGGAGCCAGAGCCAGCCAAGGUAGAAGCUGUAGCUAACUGGCCCACACCUAUCACCAAGACCCAAGUGCUGGCCUUCCUGGGAACAGCAGGGUAUUACCGACGCUUUGUCCCCGACUACAGCAACGUUGCUAAACCCCUGAUUGACCUGACCAAGAAGAAUUUACCUAAGCAGGUCCUGUGGUCUCCAGCUUGUGAAGCCGCGUUUCAGGCACUUAAGCAGGCUCUUGUAAAUGCCCCUGUCCUGGCUGCCCCAGUACCUAACAAACGUUUUCUCGUCCAUACAGAUGCUUCCAUGUAUGGACUGGGGGCUGUGCUGAGCCAGAGCACCCUGUCGCAUAUCUCAGCAGAAAGCUACUACCCCGGGAAGUGAGUUAUGCGGCAGUGGAGGAGUGUUUAGCCCUGGUCUGGGCAUUAAAGAAAUUGAGCCCUUAUUUGUACGGGCAGGAGUUCUCCCUUAUCACAGACCACAAUCCCCUUGUCUGGCUUAACCGGGUCUCAGGAAACAAUGGUAGACUGCUGAGGUGGAGUUUGGCGCUGCAACCUUACAACUUCACCAUCAGCUACCGACCCGGUAAGCAGAAUGGGAAUGCAGAUGGAUUGUCCCGGCAAACAGACGUCCCUAGUACCUCCUAGUCCGGUCAUCCCCAAGUUGACCCGCCACAGGGUCAAGCCGGGUCUGCCGGAGUGUUCCACAAGUGGGGAGCCGUGUGACAGAUCCAUCUAUAUAGACUGAGAUUGCUGGAUUCGUCUGUUUUGCCUUUUCGUGAAAUUACCCCUUCGUAUGCCCCUGUUCAGUGAAUUUACUUUUUACCAAACAAAACUGUCGAACGGACGGCCACCCAGAAGAGAAGUGUGCUGCUGGUUAACCUAUUGAUCCCAAUUAGAACGUUGCAGUUAACCAGACGCUUCUCAAUUAAAACCGAAUACAGGGUGGUCGUCGUUCGUAUGUUGACCACGAGGCGGCGGCCAUUUUAAACCAUGCGAAAGACCAGCGUUGUUCGGCAUUGAUUUCAUGGAACUGAAAACGGACACUUUUUUCAGCCGAACACCGCUGAAGCCGCCGACCUCCCUUCUCAAUCGACAGAAGUGGGCGAACACCGGCCGUUCGGGAGGUUUAAAUGCACGAAUGGACUUACCCCAGAUAGCCUUCCCAUGGAGUCAAUCGCAUGCCGAAAGACUGUAAUAGACUUUGACUCCAUGGCGAUUGAACUAUGCGUAUGGGAUCUGAGCGCUAUUCGCCAAUAAUAUGCACUCAGAUCCAGACUAUCUGGGGAUAUGUGAUACGAAUGGGAAAUGUUCGACAAUUGUAAAGUUAUAUAUUUUUAUGUGGUUUUUUUGUGUUGAAUUUAAAAUGGCGAUUUGCCUCUGUUCUGGAGAUAAUUGAAUUACUUCUCAAUUAUCUCCAGGGCAGAGGGGAGGAAAUACUAAUGCAUGCUGGGAAUAUUUUGUGUCUGUGGGUCCUAACCUGCCAUAUGUCUGUCUAUUGUUACAGUCUCCCAUUUGGUCCCCUUGGAGAGUGUCCACCAAGUGGGAGACCUGCAUAAAUACGGGCAGGUAGCCCACAGUAAAACCAGUUCUUGUUUUACCUUAAAAGCGGAGCUUGGUCUCGUUAUUGGGGGGAUUUAUUACCGACGACUAGAGACUGCUGGAUGGGAUUAUUAGCCGCUUGGGAGAUACCUGCGUUCGGCUAAUAUUGGCCAUUCGUGAGUUUGGAGCUCGUGGAGUGAAGUGCCCGUACGGAUCCCGUUCGUGAGUUUGCAGCGUUCCCUUGCUUGCGGUUCAUAUGAUUAUACUGGAUACGCAUGCAGCCUAUUUUAUUGCAAAAGGGGAGCAUUCACUAAACGGCGGUUUGUACAUUUCAUGCUGAGGGUACCGUAACACCUUGUACUCCUAGAAUAUGAUAUCUGCUUGCUGUGUUUUUUCACCCACAUAGUUUCCAUCUAGAUGUUACAGUAGAUUUGAACUGCUGCAAGAAUGAAUGGAGAACUUAUUAGAAAUGUAACUUAAUAAUUCAGUGAUGGUUAUUUAAAUUUGCUGGUGAGGACUCGUGGUUGAAUGCUUUAAAUGCAUAUCAAUUGUAUUUUUUUUUAUACCUGGUUCUACAGGUUCAGUUUAUCACUAGUUUAUCUCAUGCUACUGUGUCUGUUAAAAUACACAUUAUUUCUUAAAUUAGGUGAUUGCUACCCAAUUCCCUGAAGUGAAGUUCUCCAUGGUUCACAAGAAGAUAAAUCUGGCUGAGGACACGUUGGCUUGGGAACAUGAACGUUUUGCUAUUCGCCGACUUCCAGCCUUUACUGUCUCUCAUCUUGAUAGCCAUCGCAAUGGUUACCGCAACAGUGUCCUAGAUUUAAGGUGAGCCAGAAUGAGUAGUCUUGCACAUCCUUGAUCAUUUUGACAAGUGCAUAUGGAGUGAGUGGUGAGUUCACACAUUAAUCAUACAGCUGAAGUAGAAAUACAAAACCAAAGUCUUGUUUUAGUACAAAAUCAUUACAAUGGAGUUAACUUGUGAGACAUGUUUAGAAGAAUGAUUGAGUGAAACAUAAAGGAGAUUGCAUAAAUUUACAAUAGUUUUUCAGUUUAUUGAGCAGAAAACUGGGCUAAAGACAGUGUGGGUCUCUUAUAUUUAUUGGAAUAUGUGUACACAGUCCAUAUGCUCUUGUGAAUGUAGUAGAUGCCUCAUAAUUUUUUGAGUUCCUUUGUAUCUUGCACUGUGAAAGCAAAGUCAUUUUAUGCACUGCAGGUGGAAAGUAGACACUGAGAUUCUGUCCAGAAACACACGUAUUCUGGCUGAAGCAUUGACCAGAGUUGUAUAUAACCUCACAGAAAAGGUAAGAGUUGUAUUUUUUGUUUUUGGUGUUGUAUUUUUGUUUAUAAUGCUCACCACUUUACUCUCCUUCCCUGCUAGUGUGCACAUUUAUUUAUUCCAUUGUUUGUUUUGUAAAUACAUACUGUUUUCUUUUCUUUUACUCAGGGUGCUCCAACUGAAAUGCAGAUCUUCACACAGCAAAUGGUAAAAUUAAUAAGGAUAACAAGUUGGGCAAUCAUGGGGAUUAUGUGAGCAAUCUUGAUGAUUUGAUUGUUUUUUUUUUUUUUAUGGGAUUAAUAGAGUAUGGAAGAGGCAGGUGAACUGAUGUUGAAAGUUAUCCUUACUGACUGUUCACUGAAUGUCAGUAGCUCUGUCAUCCUCUAGGGUGUGAUGGUAGAGGCGAGUUCUACUUACCUGAUUGUUACCCCAAUAUUUGCCAUCUAAUCUUAGGUUCCUGAUGCCAGGACCCCACAGCAAUUCUGUGCUAUCAUGCAUAUGUGAGAGUACAGCACUUGCUUAUCUAUGGAGGAAGCCGCAAGACCCGUGGGCUCCUUCAUUUGAUUGUCUUGCAAUGAGUGAGACAAUGUAUUAUUCCUACAGCUGGAAGAAAGUAUAGAACUUGACAGCAAAAGGUCUGCCUUUUUUUUUUUUUAACCCCUUAAGGACGGGUGACGGACGAGGUCCGUCAUCCAGGGGAGACCCUUAACGACGGGUGACGGACCUUGUCCGUCACGCGGUAAAAUUAACCCCAGAUCGCGGAGUUAAUGGUGCUCUGGUCUGCCUCUGUAUUAGAGGCACACCGGGAGCACCCGAUAGUGUUGCCCCAACAGGGUUUCAGAGCGAGCACAUGGGCUGCAUGUACUCCCCUUAAAACUUAAAAGUUAGAAAAAAACUGGCUGUGUCUCAAAUGUGCCCCUUUAAAAUCCACAUAUACAUGGCAAAGGUACAUACGGGGGUAUUGCUGCGCUCAGACGACAUAGCUGAGCAACAUAUGUAGUAUUAUACAGUCAUAGCACACAUAAGGUUUGCAAAAUAUAUUGUGCAAACUAACUGUGUGUGUCAAAAAGGCAGAAAAAACACUUAUUACCACUACACUUGGUACAAGCUAGCGGAAAAAUGAUUCCACGCUAAGGUUCAAAAUAUGCCUUUUGAAAUACCCUGGGAUGUGUUCUUUAAGAAAUGGUAUGACUUUAUGGUGUAGUUGUAAUAUGUAGCCUGCUCAAGUGCUCCAAAGUGGAACACGGACGCAUAAAAACAGUCUAUGAAAAUUUACACUUUAAAAACCUGAACUUGUCACGUCUCUUUUACAGCACUGUAACUUCACAAAAUAGUGUCUAGGUCAUACAUUGGGCAUAUUGUUUUACUCAGAAGACUUAGCUGAGCAUAAUUUGGGGGGUUUGAACUUAGUGGCACAUAUGAAAUAUACAAAAUGCCCAGCAAAACUGUAAUCCGUAUGUAAAAAAAAAAAAAAAUGCCCAAAAUUAUUUUUUACCUCCUAAUUUGGCAAAAAUUGGUGAAAAAAUGGGGGCAUGUUAAGGCACAAUAUGCACCAUAUGAGAGACCCUGGAGUGUCUACUUUUACUGGAGUGUCUACUUUUACAAAUGGUAGGCCUUUGUGGGGGUUUUUUGAACAGUCAAACUGCUAUAAUACCCUAAAUUGAAGCAUAGGUCAUUAAAGGGACACUAUAGUCACCUGAACAACUUUAGCUUAAUGAAGCAGUUUUGGUGUAUAGAACAUGCUCCUGCAGCCUCACUGCUCAAUCCUCUUCCAUUUAGGAGUUAAAUCCUGUAACGGAUCACCUGGCACCCCGACCGGGUACCUCCGUUGAAGGAUGCUCCUAGCGCUUCUUGAGGACUCCAAGCACUCUGGCAGACACCACAAUCACCGAACCGGAGAAACAAAUAAAUUCUCCCAAACAUAUGAAUGCUGUAUACAGUUGAACAGGAACCAUACGAAUAGGUUUACUCUCCUAGCAGUCAAACUGGAACAGCAUACAAUAAAUCCUCCCCCAAUAAUGAGACGACACUUCACUUUUAGGGUUAAGCAGGAACUGUUGUGCUGGCACACCCAGCCUGGUUUUUAUUACAGCCUUUCACAUACAGGACCGCCCACAGGGAGGUAUAAAACAACCAAUCACAUAUAAGUUACAUCCCACAUAUUCCCUCCCCUUAUCCUGAGAGGAAACUCAAUUACACAUACAGUUAAAACAUACUUUCUACCCAACUUUCAUAACUUUAAAACAAUACAUCACAUUCACAUACAAUUACAUAUUCACGGUUUCGCCACAAAUCCCUUUGUUUAUGAACCCUAGUUACACCUCCCUGCAUGUGACUUGCACAGCCUUCCAUAAACACUUCCUGUAAAGAGUACAGUAUUUAGUUAAGAUUCUGUUUAAUUAAGAUUUUCUUAUCCCCUGCUAUGUUAAUAGCUUGCUAGACCCUGCAAGAGCCUCCUGUAAGUGAUUUAAAGUUCAAUUUAGAGAUUGAUAUACAAUUAUUUAAGGUAAAUUACCUCUGUUUGAAAGUGAAACCAGUUUUGUUUUUUUCAUGCAGGCUCUGUCAAUCAUUGCCAGGGGAGGUGUGGCUAGGGCUGCAUAAACAGAAACAAAGUGAUUUAACUCCUAAAUGACAGUGAAUUGAGCAGUGAAAUUGCAGGGGAAUGAUCUAUACACUAAAACUGCUUUAUUUAGCUAAAGUAAUUUAGGUGACUAUAGUGUUCCUUUAACCCCGUAAGGACCAAACUAAUGGAAUAAAAGGGAAUCAUGACAUGUCACACAUUAAGUGGUUAAAUCUGUCUCUCAAAAUUCUACUGUAAAUACAUUAUAUAUAUAUAUAUAUAAUUUGUGUGUGUGUAUAUGUUACAUCAAAUUAAAGCCCUUUCUGUUCUUUAAAAAACAAAACAAAAAAACAGUAAAUAAUAUGUGUCGGUGCAAUAAACGAGAGAGAUGCAAAUUGCAGUUGAACGCAAACAGCAAGAAAAUGCAAAAAUUGUUUGUGUCAUUAAGCCUAAGACAAGCUUCUGAAGCUGUGUCCUUAAGGGGUUAAGAUUUGGCAACUUGAGACUUUACCAAAAGACAAAGUCCAUAAUUUGUCUUGUAUCUUUUGACUAUGUUGCAAUUUGAAUUCAAUUCCCAUGGAGUCUUAAAGGGUUAUUCAGGAGGGGGGGCCAUUUUGGUGUAAAAUGCCCUUUUUGGCACUAUGAAUAAAGCUGCAAAUAAGCUAUUUUAUUUACUUUGAGUCCAGCGUCGCUGUCUUUUUAGAGAGGAGGAAGAAGGGUCUUAUUUUUUCAAAACUGUGAAAUCGAGGGAGCACCCAGUGGAGGAGAAAGCUAUUUUCACAUUGCAGGAGCUGUGCCUACCCCCUCUAUCGUGUGUGCUGACGACAGACAUAAAAUAUGCGUCUCGUGCUGGAGGUGCAACUAACCCCAGGCACACCAUUAACAAUAACUCUGUAAGACUAGUGUUUCAAGUAGAACCACUGCAAAUACAUAUUCCUACCACCAUGACCACUUCAAAUCAAUUGGAGUAACUCUUUAAUAAGAAUGCUGUUUUUCCAGCCCACCUGGGCCAUGUGAUCGUUAGGUCCAUGCGAGGACCUCACGAUCACAUAGAUGGCAUAGCCAUCCAUAGCAGUGCCAGCAGGGGGAGUACCUGGAGUCCCCCUGCUGCCUGAAAAAAGUUAAAAUAAAGAAUUAAAAACAGUUUAGAAUAAAAUAAAUGUCAAUACGCAAAAAUAAAAAAUAAUUUUAAAAAAGUGUAAUUUCGUUUUAACUGUAUUUUAAUAAUAUAUGUACACGUUCUACACGUAGAACAAUUUUUAUUUUUUUUUAUAUAUAUAUAUAUAUAUAUAUAUAUCUAAAUACAUAAGUAUAUAUGUAUAUAUUUAUGUAAUAUUUUACAUAAUUAGAUCAUUUUAUUAAUUACAAUUUGUGGGAACUGCCUGACUACCCAGGCCAAAAGUCCAGGGAAUUUAAUUUGCUUGCACUAUAUUUAACCCUGUAACUUUCCAAGACGCCAUAAAACAUGUACAUGGGGGGUACUGUUUUACUAAGGAGACUACGCUGAACACAAAUAUUAGUGUUUCAAAACCGUAAAAUGUAUUACAACGAUGAUAUCAAGUGACAUUUUUUGCAUUUUUCACACACAAAUGGCACUUACACUGACGAUAUAAUUGUUGUGAUAAGUGUUACUGUUUUGAAACACUAAUAUUUGUGUUCAGCGAAGACUCCCGAGUAAAACAGUACCCCCUGUGUACAGGGGUACUACUACUUGCCAGUAUCUUUAAUAUCUAGUUUUGUGGAGUUAUUGAAAAACCUAAAGCUUUGGACCGAUUUGUGAAACCGUGCUUGUUGUAAUGUAAACAAAUAUGCUCUGAGCUAACCUAGACUUGCACGUUAUCCUAUCAGGCUCUGACCUUUCUUGAACUGUACUAUAAUUGGUUGAGAGUUAAAGCCAAAAUCCUAGACACUGAGGAUCAAUAUUUGACCCAAGUUAAAUCAGGAUGGCUGCUCUGCGUGGAGGAGUGGAGCUUACAGAGUCGCAGAGUUCCUUUUCCAAACAAUUUAGUUUUUCUAACACACUUAGGUUUCCUAAAUUGUUUGGGUUUACCUGGCCUCAGAUCACCAGGUAAGCCAGAUAAUUUUGGAAGUGCAGCAACGUACUCUGGUAUUUUUCGGUCACUGGUGUUCACAUUUAUGAACAAAGAGGGGAUUGAUCGGAUUGACUUUGUUUUACCUUUUGAUAUAACCAUGUUUAGGCGAUAGUCCAUUUCUUUGUUUUAUGCUUUAUUAACAUUUCAAGGACAUUGUUCAUACUUUGUUUUUCCUAGCAAACUCAUUUUUGGCUACGCAGCAAAUAACUGAGAAAUCACAAGCUUCUAACAGAGAUAAUGUAAUACCAGUUAGUUAAAGAUGGGCUGGAUUUGUGGCCCCCAAAAUGUAGUGCUUUGAAAAUGUGUUCACUUUUGAUUGAUACCAAGUUACAUCACGCCUUUAGACAUGAAUACACUUUAUUUUGUUGCUAUGCAUUAAAAUCUUGGACAAUUCUUUAUGAACCAUUCAAGUGUGUGGUGUCGUUCAUGAAAAUGGGGGUAAUUCACAUGUAAAAAAUACAGAGAAAAAACGAGGGAAAAAUAAACCUAAUUUGGCAAAAAAGAAGCUCAAAAACUGGAUAAAAUAGGAAUCCACCAAACACCUAUUAAAACAAUAGUAAGAGUAUAUUCUGCUUGGAAAAGCAGCAGUAGGGAUCCAGGAGCUUCUACACUGACGUCCAAAAUAGUAUAUGUGAUAUACUCAGAUGAAUAAACAAAGUGUGUGGCAAGGUUAUCAGUCCAAAAAGAUACAGCUCAUUGGUAGAGAUAACCACUGCCUAAAUGAUUUACUUCCAUACACAAUAAGAGUAUAAAAGAUAAAUUGGCAUAAUCCUCCUCGGAUAUAUAUAUAUUGCCAACAUACAUAUAGUGAUAAAUAAUAAGCAAGCACCAGUAUAUGGAACUGGCUGCUAAGAAAAAUGAUUAUAGUAUAGCCGGAGAGUAGCUAAAAAAGGGUUAAAACCCAAUUUAUUAAAAGUACAUAAAUAUAUGAAAAUGGUGAUAAAAUUCUGUUCACAUAUUGUGCAAUAGAUAGUAGAAGGUAAAAAAUGCACAGAGACCUUUGAUUACGGCACGGAUGGAUCUGGAUGCUGAUUUCAGGUAUAGUAGCUGAAUGCUGUAACCGGUGAGGCCGGUUUGCGUGUCACAGUGCGUUCCACCUCGAGCCUCACUUCGGGGGGAACUGCACUGCUCGUCAGAUCGUGCCGUGGAGAAGGCUAGGCUUCACACUGAUCGCCGGACUACUGUGCUGGAACCUCUUCUUGCUAUCGCUGUGUGAACGUCUCCGGCUAUACUAUAAUAAUUUUUCUUAGCAGCCAGUUCCGUAUACUGGUGCUUGCUUAUUAUUUAUCACAAUAUGUAUGUUGGCAAUAUAUAUAUAUCCGAGGAGGAUUAUGCCAAUUUAUCUUUUAUACUCUUAUUGUGUAUGGAAGUAAAUCAUUUAGGCAGUGGUUAUCUCUACCAAUGAGCUGUAUCUUUUUGGACUGAUAACCUUGCCACACACUUUGUUUAUUCAUCUGAGUAUAUCACAUAUAUUAUUUUGGACGUCAGUGUAGAAGCUCCUGGAUCCCUACUGCUGCUUUUCCAAGCAGAAUAUACUCUUACUGGUGUCGUUCAUGUUUGGGCUUAUGCACUGCAUAAGGGUUCGAGUAAAAGAAGAGAUAUCUGAAUUGAAGUCCAUGGCCAUCUGGUGAAUUGUAUACGAGUGUCUUUACCACUGAAAAUCAUUUUUUACAUGCUGUAUGCAGAGGAAAUUAGACCUGCAAAUCUAUGAAAGUUAAAUUAUUUUUUGGGUAGUGAUUGUGUGCCCUGUGUUUCUGCAGAAAGUCCAGAAGGAGCAGCUUGAUGCAGUAUUACACUGGCUGACCAGCCAGCCACGUGCUGCACAGCUGGUGGAUAAGGAUAGCAGUUUGCUUACCACUCUAGAGUAUUACAUGAGCCGAUACCUGAAAGAUGUGAAGCUCUAUCAUGUGAAAGCAGACAAACGGUAAGCUUAGCGUUUGUUUGUUUGUGCCUAUUGGUGGAUCAAUUAUUUAUUGUUUUUGUAAAUACCUUUGUUGGUUGCACAUCACAAUUAAAAAAAAAUAAAAAAAAAAAUAUAUAUAUAUAUAUAUAUAUAUAUAUAUAUAUAUAUAUAUAUAUAUAUAUAUAUAUAUAUAUAUAUAUAUAUAUAUAUAUAUAUAUAUACUUUAAAUUUUUUAUUUAUUUAUUUAUUAUUUAUUUUUUUCUGCAGAGAUCCAGAAUUUGUGUUUUAUGAUCAGCUGAAGCAAGUAAUGAAUGCAUACAGGUAAUUGCAAAUGUGACCUACAAAGAUAUGCUUUUGUUUUAUAUUUCUUCAAAUAUAGUGCAUCUUACGCAAUCCCAGGACAUUUAAAUUGGUGUUACUGCAGGCGGUAUUGUUUCUCUGAUUUGUUAAUAAUAAUUUAUCUCUUUAUCUUGUUACAGAGUGAAGCCAGCCAUAUUUGACCUUCUUCUAGCUGUAUGCAUUGCUGUCUACCUGGGUUUGUCCUAUAUUGCUGUUCAGGUACGGACAGGGAAUAGAAAAUUCAUCUCCCAGCUUCCUCCCCAUUUUCCACACACCCUUAUUCCCAAAACCCCAUGAGUUACACACACAAUUUGUGACUAAUGUUCAUUGUUAGAAUUCCCUCUAACAAGGCACAUGUGGUCCUUAGUCACCCAUCUGUUAGUUAGAUGUAUGGCAAGACUUGGCAUUCCAGUUAGUUCCCAUCAGCUUAAUUUCCUAUAUGAUACAAGUCUUACCUCCAUCCUUGCAGUUGUUCCGAAAACUAGAGCAGGCAAGUAUCUAGUCAUCCUUCUAUUGGGCCAAUAAGCAUAGUCUGGAGAGCCACAUGGUCAGUUACAGAAUGCUUCUGUCUUAUAGAAAAGUCACCUCUCAUACAUUUACCUCUUGUGUCUAGUGGAGAAUUUUUUUUAUUUUAAGGCAGCAGUGUUUGUUUUUAUAUAUUGAUUAUAUAAAUACUGUGUAUGUGUAUAUAUAUAUAUAUAUAUAUAUGUGUGUGUGUGUAUAUAUGUGUAUGUGUGUGUGUAUAUAUAUAUAUAUAUGUGUGUGUGUGUCUCUCUAUUAGAUAAAUACAUUUGCUUAUAAGAUUGAUUAGUCCUAUGGUUCUUAAAGAGAUUCUAUAGUGCCAGGAAAACAAAGCCAUUUUCCUGGCCCUAUAGAAUUCUAAUGGCCCCCCCUCCCACGGCCCUGAAGCGGUUAAAACCCCUUCAGUCACUUACCUGAAUCCAGCGCCGAUGUCUUAGUUAGGCUCUGCCCACGUCAGCCGGCAAUGGCCGUGUUGACAUUAGGAUUUUCCCAUAGGAAAGCAUUGAAUAAUGCUUUCCUAUGGGGGAAAAUAUCUGAUGCUGGAGGUCUUCAUGCAGAGCGUGAGGAUGUCCAGCGUCAGAUACCAGACCAAAGGUCCGUUUCAAACCAGGAAUUCCCUCUAGUGGCUGUCUGGUAGACAGCCACUAGAGGUGGUGUUAACCCUGCAUAGUAAUUAUUGCAGUAUCUCAAUAACUACAAUAAUUACUAUUGCAGGGUUAAGGAACAUGGGACAUUGCACCCAGACUGCUUCAAUGAGCUGAAGUGGUCUGGGUGCCUACAGUGUCCCUUUAAGUUGGGUAAUCUGGUUCUCUUGUUGAAGCUGCCUAGUAAAAUAUGUUUGUAAGUUUACAAUUCUACAUUAAAAAUCUCCAAGUAUUCACUCCUGAAGUGUUCAAAUUUGAAAUGCACUGUAUUUUUUUAAUCAUCUGUUAUAUUUUUUUAUUUUUUUGCCAUCUUGGUAUCACACUACAGGAAAUUGGGCAACACCUGUUUCCUGUUCUACUCCAGGUAGGAAGAAAACUUUUUUUUUUUUUUUCUCUACAAGGCAGAUUUUAUUUUUCUGUCCUCUUCUAGAUUACAGUUUUAAACUCCUGGGAAGCAAUAAUUAAUGGGAUAAGCAGUUUAGCACUGCCAUCAGUUUCAUUCAUGAAAUUGCCAACAAAACUGUAUGAAACCACAGCUGACUUCUCGCUACUUGAAGAACACUAGUGUUUUAAGCAAGCCUAUAGAUCAAAAGUGGACGCAGACCUGUCCAAAUUUAUACGCCUGCUGAUGCAGGUUGUCAUCCAGCUGAAGUUUUCACUGCUGUUUCUAGAACCAUGAAAAGAGUGCUUAAAGAUCUAAAUGCUACUGUGGAUACAGAUAUUAAGAGCCAAGAUUGAAAAUGCAGUCUGGAGUCUCCAGGUUACAAGUGACUUCUUCCUUAGAUGUAACUAGGAUAUUCUCUCGAACAAAUGGCUUUAUAUACAGCAAUUGAGAAAGCUUUUGAUGAAUCCAUUAAAAGGCAGCUGAGGGCUGCAAGGAUUUGGGGUUUUCAUGAGCUGUAAGCCAUAUUCAUCACACUUGUGACAAAUCACAGCUUGAACUAUCUUGCUUUUCAUGUAAUGAGUCUAUCUCCUAUAUUAGUUUCCCCUUUUACAUUGCAUUACUGAAAUAAAAGAACUUUUUCACGAUAUUCUAAUUUUCCGAGUAUCACCUGUAUGUACCCCAGGACUGAAGAUCCAAGAAUCUGGCUCCUCGGAGUCAGACAGGAGAACCUCCCGUGACCAGUAUUUCUGAGAUACAUGGAAUUACUGAGGUAAUUACUCCAGAGGUAACUCGAAGCAGUUGGUAACCUGCCUUUCAAGUUUCUAAUAGAGCUAUGAAGUAGUCAUUUUACUCUUCAGCAAUGAACUUGUGUCUGUCCUCCAGUACUAGGAGCCUUAUUUUUUCUGAUCAGACAUACCUGGGCUUGUCACAUUCUGGAGACUUGGGUGGUAUCCAUAGUCCAGAUAGAUAUAGACAGGAGUUUUUUCUUCAGACACAGGAGUCUCUAUACCAACAAGAGAAUUCAGACAGAUGACUCAAAGGUAUAGCACCGAAGGAGUAUGUAUGAAACCUUCUGGACCAAGAUGUAAGUACCUGGGACAAUGUUUGCCUCUCUUCUGAUGCUAAAAGUAAAGGCACAAUGAAGUCUAUAUGGGACCUAAGAAGGGCCAACAAUAGGCUGAAUGACAGAGCCUUCGGGAUGGAGUCAAUCAGAUCCAUAUCUCCAGCAAUUUGGAAGGACAAGUUCCUUAUCUCUAUAUCUCAAGGAUGCUUACUAUCAUUCCAAUUGGCCUAGAUCUUCAGCAUUAUCUCAGAAGAGAACUUCCAAUUCGUGCCCUACUAUUUGGACUCACUGCAGCCCCAAGAACCUUGUGUGCUUAUAGUGACAUUGAGAGUCCAGAACACCACCUGGUUCCAUUAUCUGGAUGAUCUACUACUGGUAGCAUCAGACCCACAGAAGGCAGGCGCACAGAGGGAUAGUUCUUUCAGAACGCCUGAAGUUUGGCUGCUUAAUGAAUACCAAAAAGUGCAGUCUCACUCAGGAUGACCUUUCUGGGUGGAGUAUUCUAUACUCUGCUUUCCCCUAUCCCAGGAACAGUUCCACAGCUGAUGGAAGUUUUUUUUUUCUUCCAGUUUCUUCAUUUUCACUUGGUAACAGCAAGAAAGUGGAUGCAACUACUAGGAAUCCUGGCUUCCACCAUCAGACUUGUCAGAUGGGCUCAAUAGCAUCUCAGGAUUCCGCAAAGGUCCUUCCUAUCUCAGUUCAACAAGAGAAAGAUGAAUUGGAGUCAGCCACUGACAAUGUCAUCAUCAGUGGAGUUACACCUUACUUCGUAGCUGAAGGAGAGAAUGUGUCUCUGGGUGCCCUAUGACCAGAACUUCACUGGGCAAUUGUAAGAUCAGAUUCUAGUUUUCAAGUAUUGGAUACACAUUGUCUGGACCAUGUUACGCAAGGUCUGUGGAUAAUAUUAAUAAUAUUUCCAUCCAAGGUUAUGGAAUGUCCUUUUCAGGGCUCUUCUUCACUUCGGAAGGUUGCUGAAGAACAAGUGGUUCCGUAUUUGCUCAAAUAUCAAUGCAAAUGUAUCCUAUAUCAAUCGUCAAGGUGGGUCUCAUAGCCACUUAUUGAUGAAGCAGUUACAGCCCAUGAUGAGCAGGGCACAGGAGAACAACCAUGGGCACAGAAUACAAUGGCUGAUAACCUGAGCCAAGUAACAAUGGUCAAGGUGGAAUGGCAACUUUGUCCCGACAUAUCCUCAGGGUUGACUCAGAUUUGGCUGAUACCCUAUGUAGAUCUGAUAGCCACUUUUCGGAACUACUUCCUUCAACCUCUUUCACAUUUGGGACACAACUGUUAUGCAGUGUUGAACAAAAUAAUGAACUAUGAAAGAUCAUGUGAGGUAGGAUGUUCUUCCACGGGUAUUCUCGGAUGUGCAGAGAAGCCACUGUAAGUCUAGAUGGAUGACUGUAACAUUUGUUUUUAGUCUGCUCUGUGUUCCCCUUCCUUCCUUCUAUCUCCUAUGAGUUUGUAAUUCCAAUUUAGCUAAAUGUGACUAAUAUAGCCAGCGUUGCUUCAUAUCCAUCUGUAGGGGCCGUGCCAUUAUGGCAGAUACAGUUUAUUCUUUCUGCCUGUAGGAGGUUGUUUUCUGUAGUGUGCUACCAUUCCAUGGUAAUAAUGAGAAGAAAUUAACCGUUAAUCUUUGUGGUCAUAUUUAUCUGUUUUUCAUUUAUUUUCUUUUUUUAUUCAACUUAACUUAAACAAGUAAGACAUAAUGUGGCUGCAGUUGUCCAGCUGGCGGCCAUCACACUAAACGUGUAUCCCAAGAACAACUUAGGCUCUUUUUCUUAUUACACUGCCCAUUUACUAAAGUCGGGCCAACCUAUGUGUGAAUCUUAAACUUAUAUGGCCAGCCUAUUCAAAUUUGCACCAAGUUUUGUUUUGAUUUUUUUUUUUUUUUGUUUCGUUACAAGCUUGCACAAAAAAGUGUCAUACAAGUGAUAGCUGUAAAGCAGGUAAUUGCAGAUGUUCACUGUCCCUCAUUUUAUUUUCAUUCAUUUAAGGAGAUCCGUGGUUUUUUUUUUUUUUUUUUUUCUUAAUUACUCACUCUUCUGGCAAAUGAUUAUAAAACAUGGCUAUGAUUGACAGAGCCUGCAUGGAAAAAAAACUGGGUUCACUUUCAAACAGAUGUAAUUUACCUUAAAUAAUUGUAUCUCAAUCUCUAAAUUGAACUUUAAUCACACACAGGAGGCUCUUGCAGGGUCUAGCAAACAUGGGGGCAUGUUCUGUACACAAAAACUGCUUCAUUAAGGUGACUAUAGUGUCCCUUUAACUGCAGAUCUGUGUAUCUAACCAGAACAUGCUUUUAUCUCCUCUUUAAUAUCUAGUUAGUGAUAAUGUCAAUAUAAAGAAAAGUUAAAUAGGCAGUUUUGGUAUAUAAUUUACUAUUUGAAAAUCACUUUAUUUCAGUUUAUCAUAUGAAAAAUAUUUAUUUAGCUGUAUUAUACAUUCCGAAUUUUUGUGUCCACUUAUUUCGACAUUCGAUUAGACUGGCGUUUUAACCUGCUGCUCGCAAGUGGUUUUUUUUUGGUUUUUUUUAAUAUUGGUUUUUCAAAUACAGUAUUUUUAGAUUGAUAUUAAAGUGUAUUUCACAUACAGGUCUUUUAUAUUGCUCGUCUAGGAUUUGUAUUUUGGACUGUGAAAAGAAAUUCCAAUCUAAGGUUACCUGAAUGCUGUAAAUACAUUCCCUAAUUAGAAAAUUACCUGCUGUGGUAUCAUUAUUUUAAAUCAUAUUUCAAGAGAAUUUAAAGCAACAUUUUUUGUGGUUUUUUUUUUUAAAACCUUUUAUUUUAUUAAGUUAACUGCAAUUACCAAGCCUUCAGUACAAUUUUUUUUUUUUUUUUAUAUACAGGUGUUCUAUGACACGAAAACUCUUCUAUAUAGAGUUGUGUUUACUCCUUACACUUAUGGUUCAAAUGUGUUCAGACAUAAAAUAGCAUUGUUUGGUUUAGAUAAUGAUUUUUACAAUACCCAUUUCUUGUUGUUUAUUAUUUUUGAUCUCUCUAGAACUUUGGCAUCCUUUACAAGCUUGUGCAGAGAGUUUCUUGGAAGCCCAAACAGCAAUGAGGCCAUUGAUUCUUCCGAUUAUGAACAUCGCACGUGGAGCCGUGGAACACCUUUGAAUUGCAGGGGAUGGGGCUCCCAUUAUUGCCUUCAUUAUCCACACAGGACAAAGUGAACCUUGACAUGACUUCUCCAAACAUCGCAUGGAUCACAACUACAGGAUCAAGCUUUCCAGUAAUGAGGUGCUUUGGAGAGAAUGGAAUGUGAAAACUGCCAAAUAGCUGGUGAUAAUGCUGUUGCAAUUCUCUUCUUUUGUAUAUGGACAGGCCCUACCCACAUAAGCAUACUCAGGAUGAAAGAAUGGGGUUUAUCAAAUUAUGAUGCCAGGAAUCCCCACUUUUUUUUUUAUUUUAGAUAAUGCACUGACUUCCCUAUUGGUUUGUUUUAAGAAUAUUUAUGAAUCAAGUUUCAUUGGAUGAGAAUGGCAAAGAACAAUUGAUUGAAUAAAAUUAUACAUAAUA